AUGUCUCUUCCGGGCUCCUUUUUACUAUCGUACUAUGUGGAAAGCUUUUUGGGUUCUCCACGGCCGUUGGUGGAUUGGUCAGGAGUGCCAACAAUUAUCUUAGUGGUCCUGGCAUUAGUGAUGGCAGCUACAGCGAUGAUAGUACGUCCUGGGGAUGUGAAGCGGCCCAUUAGACUCCCAGGGCCACCUGCACUUCCCAUAAUUGGCACAAGAUGGUUGUUCUGGAGUCGAUAUAAAUUGAAUAAGCUGCAUGAGGCUUAUGAAGAUAUGUUCAGGCGUUACGGGUUGGUGUUCGUGGAGGUGAUGCCAGGGGGCGCCACACUAGUUUCGAUUGCGGAGAGGGGCGCUUUGGAAGCUGUUCUACGGACCCCAUCCAGGAGGCCUUAUAGACCCCCGACAGAGAUCGUCCAAGUAUACAGAAGGAGUCGCCCAGACAGAUACGCCUCGACCGGGCUUGUUAAUGAGCAAGGGGAGAAAUGGCAUCACUUACGCCGCCAUCUAACUUCGGAACUGACGAGUCCACAGACUAUACAAGGAUUUAUUCCGCAGUUGAAUAAUAUCUGUGACGACUUCCUGGCACUUUUGAAGAAUUGCAGGCGAUCUGAUGGCACUGUACUGGGCUUUGAUCACCUCACAAAUAGAAUGGGGCUGGAAUCUGUUUGCGGGCUGAUGCUGGGCACAAGACUGGGCUUUCUAGAGCGGUGUAUGUCUGGUCGGGCUGCUACCCUCGCUGCUGUUGUCAAAGCUCACUUCAGGGCGCAGAGGGACUCGUACUACGGCGCCCCCUUGUGGAAGUUUGCGCCAACUACGCUUUACAAAACUUUCGUUAAGAGCGAGGAGACUAUACACUCGAUAGUAUCAGAGUUGAUGGAGGAAGCGAGAUCGCGGACCCGCGGUUCAUCACAAGACGACGGUAUGCAGGAGAUCUUCCUCAAGAUACUGGCCAACCCUGAACUAGACAUGAGGGACAAAAAAGCCGCCGUCAUCGAUUUUAUCACGGCUGGCAUUGAGACUCUCGCAAACAGUCUGGUGUUCCUUCUGUAUUUACUAAGUAGAAGACCAGAUUGGCAGCAAAGAAUUAGGUCGGAGCUACCAUCGUGCGGAGAUCUAGGCAUCGAGGAUUUGGUUUCAGCGCCAUCUAUCAAGGCGGCGACGAACGAAGCAUUCCGUGUCCUACCCACCGUACCGUUCUUGGCCCGUCUUCUUGAACAACCUAUGAAUAUUGCUGGACACAAUUUUCCUGCUGGUACAUUUAUCCUCGCGCAUACGGUGACAGCUUGCAAGCGGGAAGAAAACUUCUGGCGCGCUGGUGAAUACCUACCUGAGAGGUGGAUCAAUGUAAGAGAACCGCACGCAGCUUCUCUCGUGGCACCAUUCGGCCGAGGCAAGCGCAUGUGUCCGGGAAAGAGAUUUGUAGAAAUGGAGUUACAUUUGUUGGUCGCUAAGAUCAUACAGCAGUGGCGAGUAGAAUUUGACGGCGAAAUCGACGUCCAGUUUGAUUUUCUACUAUCACCAAAGUCCCCAGUAUCCCUACGACUAGUCGAAUGGUAG